GCGGAAGUGCUGUGUCGCGCACUUCCGGGUGUUGUCUGGACGCCGUCGCCGCGAGUCUCGGGUCUCCCCGCAGCUGCUGCCGCCGCCUGGGGUCCCGGAGACAGGAGCGACGUCACCGCCAUGGCCGGCAUCAAAGCUUUGAUUAGUUUGUCCUUUGGAGGAGCAAUUGGGCUGAUGUUUUUGAUGCUUGGAUGUGCCCUUCCAAUAUACAACCAAUACUGGCCCCUCUUUGUUCUGUUUUUUUAUAUCCUUUCACCUAUUCCAUACUGCAUAGCAAGAAGAUUAGUGGAUGAUACAGAUGCUAUGAGUAACGCCUGUAAGGAACUUGCCAUAUUUCUCACAACAGGCAUUGUGGUCUCAGCUUUUGGACUCCCUAUUGUAUUUGCCAGAGCACACCUGAUUGAGUGGGGAGCUUGUGCACUUGUCCUCACAGGAAACACAGUCAUCUUUGCAACUAUCCUGGGCUUUUUCUUGGUCUUUGGAAGCAAUGAUGACUUCAGCUGGCAGCAGUGGUGAAAGGAGUUAAUGAACUAUUGUCACAGGGACUUCCUGUCAUUUCUCGGCCGACAGUGCACACGGGAGAUGGGGCGGUGAUGCUGAGCAGUGCAGCAGGCCUCCUGGGGGCAUUUCAGGUGCUCCCGGCUCACUUGCAUUGUAAGCAUACUAUUUUCAGAGACUUGCUGAAGGAUUAAAAGGAUUUUCUCUUUUGGAAAAGCUUGACUGAUUUCACACUUAUCUCUAGUAUGCUUUCUGUGGUGUCCUGCUGAAUUUAAAUAUUUAUGUGUUUUCCCUGUUCAGUUUUUGUUUAAUCAAUAUACAAUGUUAAACAUUAUUUAAAUGUAAUAACCACAUUUGCAUUGGUUGGGAAUUAGAGUUCUGCUGGCUGUUACUGGGUUAAAGUUGUUUAUUUUUUCCUUAAAAUUAUUUAAUUUCCAUGCCUACACAAAGUUAUAAAAAUAAUAUUUUUUCAAUCAGUCAGGUUGACAUCACUCCCAAUUUUAUGUAAACAUGCAGACCAUUAGCAUACCUUAUAGACUCUUUUCUCAGUGCAAAUAUAGCUGCAUUGAUACCUCACAGGGGCCAAAUAUUAAUGCAGUGCCCUCCAUAAGCGGUUGCUGGUUUUGCCAGAAAGCAGGUGUUUUGUGAAUUGAAAAUUAUUUUACAGAAUUGCUACAGAGGAGUGCUUUUAUUCUCAAUUGUUAGAAGAAUUUAUUGUUAAAGGUAGGGUGUGAAAACAGAUGUUUGAGAUAUGGUUUUUAUUUAUGUUUAUUAUAGUUAAAGUAGAGUGAGUUGCAUUGUGGGAAGAAACAGCAUUGGAAUUCUGUUUUUUGAAUCCUGUUUCUAUUUAUAAGUGAAAUUUUUGAUCUUCUUUCAGCCUUUAAUGUCUUAUGUGAGUAAAGGGACACAUGGGACUAGUACUGACGUGGCAAAGUUGUAUGUUUGCAUCCUACAUAGAAAGUCUUUCCCUGCUUCCUCUUUUUAACUUAUUUUAUACAUUGUAUAUAUUGAGUAAAAUAACUUUUCCAGUAUGAUUUAAUAACACGUUAAAUUAGAGGUGCUUAAUGCACCUGGAAGGUGAUUGCUACACCAUACAUUCAGAGUACCCCUGCCUUCGAGGCCUUGACGUGAUUAACACGUCAUUCAUGUAUUAAUAGCUCAAGAUUUAGACCAUGUCAUUGUACUUCUUAUUCCCUAAGGUUAUAUCGUAAUGUAAUUUUAAAAAAUUUAAGACGUGUUUCUUGUAUACCUCUCAGCUGUGUUGAUUUUUACUUUCACCCUCAUAGAUCUGCUGUUUCCUUUUAUAAAUGGCCUUGAUUGUGUGAAUUAAUGCAGAAUAGCCAAAUUCAGCUGCAUAGCAGCUUCAGACACAAACCUGACCAAAAAAUUCCCAGUAACCAGGCAUGAUCAAAUUGUAGUGGUCGUCUGCAUCUCACAAUUAUCAGUGCUUUUUUCAGAAGCUAGUUAUACAGAUGUUCAAGGUGGCCUGAUGGUAUUUUGUUAAAGACAUUUGUUUGUAUGUUUGUUUGGUGUACUUACAUCAAUAGUUUUGCCUUCAGACAAAACUGAGUAAUCAUGACAAGCUAUCUUUCGUUGUUUUAUAAAGUUGAUUUCUCCAAAAAUGGGAACAAAGUAUGAGUUUGUUCAGCUUUUUACUAAAGAUGUCUGAACACCACAGGUUUUAUUGCCUAACCCAGGUAGCUACUUUUAGCUGUGAGAUAGGAAGCAGCAUGACAUGCCCGCACGUGGCCAGCACCCUUACACACAGGCUGAAAAUGGCUCAUGGUAUGACCCUGUGGUAGAUUUGAAGAGCAAGGGCCAGGUCCAUGUGGACUAGGCAGCUGGUAACACAGUUGGGAACUCAGUGCCUGUGAUCUACUCAGUUUUGUUGAAUUUUUUGUUUGUUUUUGCCGAAAGUACAUUUUCUGGUCCUUCCCCAUUUUCUGUUCUAGAAUGUCAGUGCAGGGCACUGCUACUAUUUUAUUUACUUGGCCAUAGAUUCUUUUUCUAACAGCUGCGUAUUCUUCCUGUAUACUAAUCGCACUGGCAGCAUUGUGUCCCUGACCUUGCACACUAGCUUGACAUAGUGCUGUCUCUGAUUUCUAGGCUAAUUACUUAAGGUAUGAAUUUUCCAUAGAAUGUGCACUGAUCCUGCAUUGCCAUUCUUCUAUGGAAAGAAAACUUUUGAUGAUGAAACAAUAAAGAUUUUAAAUAUC